ACAUCUUUUUUUAUUAUUUUGGGGAUAUUUAGUUUAUGGAAAUAAAAAUGUAAAUUAGGUAAAAAAAAAACCUUUGACUUUUAAUUUUAAAUUACGUGUUUUGUUGAAAACUAUUUAUAGCAUCUACGGUCCGCAGAAAAAAAUAAUUAUUUUUGGUGCAAGUAUUUCUGGAAAUAUCAUAUUUUAUCUUAAUAUCUUGGGACCUAAGCCUAUAUUUUAGAUAAUCUUUAACAACCUAGAGCAUCAAUGGCCAGUCAAUCUACCUCUUCCAGUACUGAUAUGGACUCCAUCGACCUCUUGAUGCUUCUAGUGGAAUGGUACCGAAACAAAACAGGACUAAGGAGAUAUUUUGAUUUCAGUUUUCAACAACUGAAGUUAGAAAUAGUGGAACAGCCCCCAGUGCAUUGGAUCGCUUCCAUCCCAGAUGAUGGCUCUUCUCAAACAGUGGCAAGAACUGUUGAAAUCACUUGCGCUGGAAAAGCUAGGAAAAGUGGAACCAAAGUAUAUAUUGAAAAAAACUCGGAUAAUCGACAGUAUAUACAAAUAACAAGAGGAAAAUUAACUAAGAUGAACGAAACGUUCGACAAGACUGUCAGAUUGGAAUUACCAACUGGCGAUCAUGUUUACCUAGACCCCACUGAUGAUGAGAUAGAUAUACCAAUGGAUGUAAACCCUACAUUUGGCAGUGUGUACUGUCCCUACCCUGCUUCAAGCAUGGCCACCAUACGAUCAAAAGAGAAUGGCUACAAAGGACGAUUUACCUGCUGCCUACUUCUCCGUGGACGAGUAAUUUGCAACUACAACGACAAAUACAAAUUUCCGGUUACGGACGAACAAGAUAUCGAGGAAAUAAUGCGAGAUUUAAAGAUGUGGAACAAUGAAGACGCGGAUCAGUUUAUACUAUGUAAUGGCGGGGGUGAUGUGGAGGGUAGAGGGCGAAGUGGAUCUACGCAGCAAUAAAAAGUUUAACAUUUUUUGGAGCAAAGUUUAGAAGUGCACAGAAAACAAUGGAGAUAAGAAUAGAUCUGAAUCUUUUAAUAAAGAGCCUAUUGACUAUUGAGUUGGAUAAAAUGUUUGCUUUAACUUAGUUUUAGUUAGACAAAUAUUAAAACAUAUAUUGAAAAGCUAUUAUAAUUUAAUAUUGAUUGAUUACACAAAAUGUUCGUUCAUAUUACUAUGAGUAGACUAACAUAAACCAUUUAAACAUUGUAUUGUUAUUUACAUUUAUUUAUUCAUAUAUACAAUUAAACAGUUAUGUUUUAACUGUCUACGACAAAGCAAUAAUCUAUUAACACAAAAACAAUCAUUUAACUAAUGUUUUGCAUUUAAAUUGUUUGAUAAUCAUGUUUUCAAUAAACUCCAC